AUGGACAUGCAGGAGAUCCCUUUCAUGCUCAAGACAACUGAAAUCGAACUUCUGCUUACCCUCCUCACCCCCUCCCUUCAUCUCGAUUGCUUCGACCCCUUGCCCUACCGCGACUUCUCCUACAAGUGCUCUUGCUCCCUCUGCCAGCAGCCCCACCAGCCCCCGCAUCGCAGCGAGGAGGCGGCAGUGACGUGCGACGAGCUGAGGUACCUCCCGCUGGGGCCGACGGGGAGGUGGCAAAGCUCGCUCGGGGCCGAGGCCAUGCGGCGGGCCGAGGCCGCGCUGGCGGAGCAAGCGAGGGAGGACGGGGCGUGGGAGGGGUCGAGGAGCAGCAGCCCGAGCGAGAGCCCGAGCGAGAAGGAGGGGGCGGAGGCUACGGCGACGGCGGGACGGGGGAAGCGGGGGAGGUCGUGGUCGGAGGAGGAGAGGGAGCGGCACAAGAAGGCGUGCCGGGGGAAGGGGAGGCUGUCGGCGGGGGAGAGGCAGGAGAUCGUGAGGCUGCAUCACUCCAAGGACCCGCAGGUACACAAGAGCAAGGCGGAGCUUGCGGCGAUGUUUGGGAAGAGCCUGUCAGCGAUCUCGAAGGCGCUGAAGCCGGAGAAUCCUACAAGCUCGCCGAGUGGCUUGAUUGGAACUGAGUCAGCGAGGGGAGCUCAGAGACUGUCAGUGUAA